AUGGCGGACUCAACUCCCAAAGCAACGGCAAGCCCGCCAACAGGCGCUCCCAAGUCAGCAAAGUCCCCGAAGUCGCCAAAAAUACCGCCAAAGUCGGCUGCUACUCCCGCCGGGCCAGCGUCCGCGACUAGCCCAGCAGCAGCAGCAAUACCAGCAGCCAUUCCAGCAGCCACUCCAACAUCGUUAACGGGCACGGGAGCGACGCCAGCCCCCCAGUCUCCUCCCGAAGAUGCCGAGAGCCCGGCCACGAUUGAGAUUGACGAUGGAACAACUGACGAUGCGUCAACCAUUGAUGACAGAAUUUCCUCGUACACUGCCUCACUGUCAUCUUCUGUUCUUGAUUAUCCUACCGAGUACGGCCGACGUUAUCAUGCCUUCCGAUCUGGCGCCUACGUAUUCCCGAAUGAUGAGACUGAAAUGGACAGACUUGAUGUGGUGCACACAUUGCUAGUCAAGACCAUCGGAAAUCGACUCUUUCUUGCACCGAUUGAUGAGCACAAGACUCACCGGAUUCUUGAUGUGGGCACUGGUACUGGAAUAUGGGCUAUGGAAAUGGGUGAUCUAUUUCCAAAUGCAGAGAUCCUUGGAAAUGACCUGAGCGCUAUUCAACCAGCGUGGGUUCCACCUAACGUCAAGUUCGAGAUCGACGAUGUCGAAAGCGAAUGGAUCGGGGAGGACAAGUACGAUUUCAUUUUUAGUCGUUACAUGGCUGGCGCCUUGGCAGAUUGGCCAACAUACGUGAGGCGAGUCUAUGAGAACUUGAACCCUGGAGGCUGGGCCGAAUUUCAGGACUGGGACUAUAUGCUUUAUUCGGAUGAUGGAACAACUGAAGGCACCGAACUGCUUCGCUGGAUGGGCUACUUCAUGGAGGCUUGCGAGGUCCUGGGCCGUGAUGGACAGGUCGGGCCGAAGUUGGAGACGCUGGUAAGGGAGAACACCGGCCUGAUCAACAUCGUCCAUAAGCCUUUUAGAAUUCCCGUUGGACCUUGGGCGAAGGACCCUCACCUGAAGGAUAUCGGGAUGUGUAAUCUCAUUCAAAUGUUGGAUGGUUUGGAAGCCUUCACCCUAAGACUCCUCUGUGGCGUCCUGGGCUGGACCAAGGAGGAGGUUCUAGUAUUACUCACAGGAGUGCGCACCGAGCUGAGAACUGGAAAAGCCCAUGCUUGGCUGCACUACAGUGUUGUGUACGGCCAAAAGCCAGAGACAGAAGAAGAAUAG